AUGUCUUCAGAGCUUGAAGAUGAGGUUGAAGAUACCAAGUUUGAAGAGGUUCCAUUUGCAAUACUUGUGGAAUUUUUUGAAUUAGUUGCUUCAGCCGAACCACGCGAAAUCUCCAACCGACGUAAAUCUAAUGAACCUCGUAACGGAACGGUACCCAAGUUUCUGGGUUGGAUCGAAGGGCUCUUCCAGCCCCUUCCGCCUAGGACUGGAGCUAUCUUGUUUCGCCUACUGUUCCCGGAUAAAGACAUCAGAAGAAAAUACAAUUUACAGGAAACCAAGCUAGGGCAACACUUAGCGCAUGUUCUUAAAGUGGCCAAUCAAAAGCAGGCGGAAGGACUCUUGCGAUGGAAUCAAACCACAGUUAAUCAAAAUGGUGUCAAUGUAGGCAAAGAUGGAUGUCUGGGAUUAGAAGUGGGCAAGAUCUUACGAAAAACAUUUAAUACCCGUGAAGAACCUUAUUCCUUGUGUCUCAGUGACGUUGACCGUCUAUUAGACGAACUUGCGGCCAAGUCUGUGUGGUCCAAUUUGAAAGAUUGUGAAUCGCGAAAACCACCCCGAAACGCUCGUCUGAUUCUACAAGAUUUAUAUGACACAUUAUCCCCUCGUCAAGCGGCCUACAUGACUCAGAUUAUACUCAAGGAUCUCAGACCUCUGCUCUACCCUGUUCCUGGAUCAUCUACCGAUCAGUCAUUGAACCAUUACAAUUCGAGGGCGUAUGAUGAGCUUAACCAGUGGUCUAUGAUGAAAGCAUGGCAUUGGGCAAUGCCCCGGAUCUAUCGUGCAAAGGCCGACUUUGAUCGGGCAGCAGACUUGGUCGAACAAAUUCCAAGAGAUUUGGAUAUGGUUCCUGAUAAGAACGCUGCAUAUAGCAUGGCCGAAAAGCUCUCAGAGCUCGAACUUGGAGUCCCCGUUGAUAUCCCUAAAGCUGUCAAGGCAUCUGGAACUUGCCUUGCAAGCACAAUUUCAAAGUUGAAAGGUGAUGUGUGGGCCGAAGUAAAGUUAGAUGGUGAAAGAAUGCAGAUUCACGUCGACAUGUCUAAACCAGAGAAGGAACAAAUACAAAUCUUUAGCAAAUCUCACCGAGAUAGCACAGGAGAAAGAGUCAAUACGCUCAUCCCUAUCCGGGCGGCAUUAGGGCUUUCUCUGAUUACAUCAUGCAAGCUGAUCGACCAAAACCCGAGACCGAGCAAUAAGCCUAAGAUAGUGUCAGGUAUCUUUGAAGCAGAAAUGGUAGCGUGGAAUUUGACCAAACAACACGUGGACGAAUUUUGGCGCAUAUCGGAACUCAAGCGGAAGCCAUCGCGGUCUAAAGGUCACAAAUCGACUCAAAAAGUGAUUAAAUUUUGUAGUGAUGAGGAAAGUGGAUACGAAUCUGAAGGGAUGGAUACCCAACAGAGCUCAGACAGUCACCGGAGACAUUUGGCGGUAGUUUUCUUUGACGUAUUAUACAUCAAUGGCCAGAGUGUCAUUAAUUCGCCGUACUCUGAACGUCAAAGAUUACUGGAAAGUGCUGUUCAAGUCAUCCCAAAUUACGCUAUGUUGGUGGAGCGGAGAAAGUUCACCAACGUCAAUCAUCCCGCUUCUCAUAGCGCAUUGCGAGAAUAUUAUGCAAAACUCAUUGCUGAAAGACACGAGGGUCUCAUGUUGAAAGCGGACCAGUCUUGUUACAAUGACUAUAAGCCAGGUCUUCAGUGGUAUAAAGUAAAGAAAGAUUAUAUCAAAGGCUACGGUGAUACAGCUGAUUAUGCAAUCCUCGGAGCUGGCUGGGAUCGAGAUCGAGCUAGAGAACUCAGAGGUGAAUCGAUCUUGAAUGUUCACUACGUACAACUGAAACUGAUUGCGCUCUCUGGGUAUACUGUAGUCUCCACUGCCACAUAUACUGCUUGGUAUGUGGGUCUGUGUAAAAACCUAUCGGAAGUGGAAAGCAGAGGCGCAACGCCAGAGUUUGAGAUAGUUUUCAAAGUCCUGUCGUAUGGACUGACUCGCGCGAAUUUGGAUAAACUCAAUCAAGACGCACAACAAGUAGGUGGCUAUCCACAUACAGCCAUACCAUCUACUCUGCCUUUUGAGUAUGAGUUGGCUCAGGGUCUUAGUGCUCCUGACAUCAUAUUCAAGAAGCCCAUGGUAUUUGAAUUGAUGGGUUCUGGCUUUACGAAACGGUCGAGAUGGCAUGCUUAUGAAUUACGCUGGCCUCGAGUCAUCAAAGCUCACGAUCCAAACGAACGGGACUGGAAGACUGCCAUUGAUCUUAGUGAGCACAAUCAGAUCGCGCGUCGAGCUACUGAUCCAGAAGUCUUGAAAGCGGAAAACGAGGAAUCUGCAACGGGGCCUGAUACCGCUUACGAAGCUGAAAUCAAAGCUUGGAAAGAAAGAUUGACUCGGGAUGACGAUACUUGUAACAAAAAACGGUCCAACAAGAAGGUCUCAACGACCACAUCCACCAACGCAUACAUACCAGAUUGGCUUUCCGACACAUCGGAUGAGUUUUCCGAUACUUCAGAGUGUCUUGCUGACGUGAUCACCGUGACCAGCCCAGUAUCUCCAAAAGCUCACUCGCUUAAUCGACGACCAGCACCCCUUUCACCGGACAAUCUACUCGCUCAGACGGGUUCGACACCACCUACGCGCAAAGCCAGUACCUUCUCAAGUCGCUCCAUGACUUCAUCGCCUGAGUGUAUUUCACCAACACGCAUGCCUAAACGGAAAGAAUUAAAUAAAAUUAAUUAUAUCUUUGUACAAAAACCUAAUCAAGAAAUCAUGGAACGUGUUAGAAAACAAAUCACUUGGAGAAAAAUCUUAAAUCCUAAUUUGAAUUUUGUUGUUUAUGAUGCUAAAGCUUUGGAAAAAUUUAAAGAUGGAAAUCAAAAUCAAUGGAAAACAUAUAAAUUGUUUGAUUGGAAUUCUAAGGAAUCAAUCAAUCAGCUUUGA